AUGACUUCACAAACAGAUGUUACUUCAGAAACAAAAGCUAUAGAUUUACCUUGUAUAUUCAUUUUUCUUGCUACUAAAUAUUCAAAUAAUGAUCUAUUAAAAUGUGGAAUUAAUGAAAAGCAAAGAUGGAGAAAUGCAUCAUCUAUGUGUGGUAAAGAUAAUAUUGAUAAUUCUAAGUGUAAAUGCCCUCAAUGCAAUACGAAACUUCCUACAAUUACUGAAAUUCAACAAGAAAUUGACCAAACGAUAUCUAAAAAAAGGAUAUGA